UUUUGGCGGAAAAUCUUAUCCACUGUUCUUCUUAGUUCUUCUUCUUCGGCGUCCAAAAACUUUUUAAAAGUCCGUUUCUCUGAACAAUCUGUACUCCCAAAAUCAAAAACCAACCAGAAGUGAAGACAACACACAGAGAAUCAAAGAUUUUUUGUUUUCUUCUCUUCCAUGGCUACUGGUAACACUUACUUCUCCCGCUCCAAGUUCCGCUUUCUUCCCACCGCCGACGGUCCCGACCACCGCCGUACCGACUCCGUCUUCGAGCUCGACGAGUCCGACCUCUUCAACUCUCCUCGCUCCAGCGCUUCUCCGGAGUUCCGCCGUUCGGUCUCCAAAUCGCGAAUCUCGAAGCGGAUUUCGGCUGUCGACGAUGAAGACCGAAGCGUAAAGACGGUGACCGCAGCGUCGCUGCCUGUCAACAUCCCUGACUGGUCGAAGAUCUUGAGGAACGAGUAUAUCGAGAAUCGGAGAGACGGAUUUGACGAUGAAGACGAUGACGAUGAUGAGGAAGACGGCGUUGGCGGCGGUGAUUUCGAGGAUGGGAGAUUUAGGGUUCCGCCGCACGAAUUUCUCGCGAAAACGAGAAUCGCUUCGUUUUCGGUUCAUGAAGGAGUCGGAAGAACAUUGAAAGGGAGAGAUCUGAGUCGAGUCCGUGAUGCGAUUUGGCAAAAAACUGGAUUCGAAGAUUGAAUCGAAAUCAACAAACGCGAAGAACAAUUACCGGAAUAUUCCAUUAGGAUAUACGAAUUCCUUGACCGAGUAAGACUUUUGAUCUCUGUUCCACCAAAUUUUUUGAUCCUUCUCUCUUCUCCAGUCAAUUUUUCUGUUUCUCCGUUUGACCGUCGCAUCUGAGCGGCGUUUCGAUCGCUCCGAUCACCGUUUUUUCAUGUCUGUAAUUCGGAAUAUUUUAUAUUUAAAAAAUAUCAUACUUUUUUUUUUUUUUUUCGUUCAAGAUUAAAUCCGAAGGGCAAUUUGGGAAAUGUAAUAACUGAUCUGAGAAGAUGCCCUCUUUAAUUUUAA